AUGCAUUCUUCUUCCUCUGCUUCUUCUGCCACUCAUGUAUCCUUGUACACUGCUAACCCUUCAUUGAAAUCCCAAUUUGCAGUCCGAAGAAAGCCAAUAACUAUCCAUUUUAAAGCUCCAGCAAAAUCCUUUGGCAAGUUUCCCACUAUUGCAUGCAAAGCUACUGAUGAUACUAAUAGCAAUUCUGUCCAAUCUCCUUCUUCAAUCACCGACUUUGAUCUCUAUGAUCUUUUCGGGGUGGACAAUGAUUGUAAUCAAGCACAAAUAAAACUUGCUUAUAGAGCUUUGCAGAAGAAAUGCCACCCUGAUAUUGCUGGUCCAGCUGGGCAUGACAUGGCAAUUGUACUCAACGAAGCUUAUGCUGUUCUUUCUGAUCCACCCUCCCGCUUGGCGUAUGAUAAGGAACAUGCAAAGUUUUCAGAUUUUCGAGGCUUCACGGGCAAGCCAAUGUAUUCAGUUUGGUCGGGAUCGGAAAGUGAGAAGAGGGCUGUGUUUGUUGAUGAAGUCAAGUGUGUGGGUUGCUUAAAGUGUGCCUUAUUUGCCGAGAAAACAUUUGCCGUGGAAUCCAUUUAUGGAAGAGCAAGAGUUGUUGCGCAGUGGGCAGAUCCCGAAGACAAAAUUCAAGCAGCCAUCGAAACUUGCCCAGUCGAUUGCAUCUCGUAA